CAUUUGGCAAAGGCGUCUUGCGUAAAAGCCGGAGGAGACGGGCCAAGUGUCAGUAUUUAACCGGAGGCAGUCGUGGUGCAGCUGGUUCUCUCGGAGCGUUCAGCCCCCAGCAGUGUGUGGACUUGGGUCAAUCAGAGCAGAGCAGGCUGGAGCCCUGGUACUCAUACACCCACUGGUUCCCCAUGGCGUCAUCCCAUGUGAUGAAGGACGCCUCGGAGCCAGUGCCCAGGAUGCAGCCGGCCAUGAUGAUGUUCUCCAGCAAGUACUGGGCCAGGAGGGGCCUCUCGCUGGACUCAGCCAUGUUCGACCACCAGCAGCAGCGCCACACGGGGGGCCAGAUGUCGAGGCGUCCGUCCUUCUGUCCCAUCAAUGAGAAACCAGAUAAAGAGAACGAUGAGGAGGCGGGGAGGACUGCGGUGGUGUUUUCUCUGAAGAAUGAAGUGGGCUGUCUGGUCAAAGCUCUAAGACUUUUUCAGGAACGUCGAGUCAACCUGAACCACAUCGAGUCUCGGAUGUCCAAGCGUGUCCUUAAUGAGGUGGAGAUCUAUGCCGACUGCAGCUGCAGCAAAAAGGAGUUCAAUGAGCUGCUGCAGCACCUCAAGGAUCACGUCAGCAUCAUCUCCUUCAACACGCCCAUCAACGCCUGGUCUGCUGAGGCAGAUGGAGAAGACGUUCCAUGGUUCCCGAUGAAAAUCUCCGAGUUAGAUCAGUGUUCUCACAGAGUGCUGAUGUACGGAUCUGAGCUGGACGCAGAUCAUCCUGGUUUUAAGGAUAACGUUUACAGGCAGCGGAGGAAAUACUUUGUGGAAGUGGCCAUGAAUUAUAAAUUUGGACAGCCCAUCCCCCGUAUCGAGUACACCCUUGAGGAGAUCAAGACGUGGGGCGUGGUCUUCAGAGAGUUGACUAAACUGUACCCGACCCACGCCUGCCGUGAAUAUCUGAAAAACCUGCCGUUGUUGACCAAACACUGUGGAUACAGAGAGGACAACAUCCCACAGCUGGAGGACGUCUCACUGUUUCUAAGAGAGAGGUCUGGUUUCACAGUCCGUCCAGUCGCAGGUUACUUGUCUCCCAGGGAUUUUCUGGCUGGUUUGGCUUACAGAGUCUUUAACUGCACCCAGUACAUUCGCCACAGCACUGACCCCCUCUAUACACCUGAGCCGGAUACGUGUCAUGAACUCCUGGGCCAUGUGCCGCUGCUCGCUGAUCCAAAGUUCGCUCAGUUUUCUCAGGAGAUCGGCCUGGCGUCUCUGGGAGCGUCUGAUGAGGACGUUCAGAAACUGGCCACGUGUUACUUCUUCACUAUCGAGUUCGGCCUCUGCAAACAGGACGGUCAGCUCAGAGCUUAUGGAGCCGGUUUACUGUCCUCCAUUGGAGAGCUGAGGCAUGCCCUGUCCGAUAAGGCAUGUGUGAAGAUGUUUGACCCACGGACAACCUGCACCCAGGAGUGUCUCAUCACCACCUUCCAGGACGUUUACUUUGUCUCUGAGAGCUUCGAGGAGGCCAAGGAGAAGAUGCGGGAGUUCGCCAAGACAAUAAAGCGGCCGUUCUCUGUGUAUUACAACCCAUACACCCAGAGCAUCGACCUGCUCAAAGACACCAGGAGCAUCGAGAACGUGGUCCAGGACCUCCGCAGUGACCUCACCACGGUGUGUGACGCUCUGGGAAAGAUGAACACCUAUAUGGGAAUAUGAAGCCUCUGAGCUCUGAUAGGAGGUUAAAACAUCGGUAACGCACCACACUGCUUCUGCAGAACAGCUGAGGUCAAGCACAGUCACACCCAUGUUCAUUCUGCUUGUCUGCAAAACAGUCAAAAUGUAAAUUAAAAAGAUCAAUAUGUUUAAAAAAAAAAAACAGAAAAAAAAAAUCAGAAAGGCCAUACGCUGCACCCUGAUUGUUUGUUUUUGUCCAGCUAUUUUAAGAAAUAUGAAAAUUUGUUGCUCCCAAAAUAACAUACGGUUGUUAAUAUUUGGCAUAAAUAGAGCACUAUAGAGGAGAAGAAACCAGAAUACUUUAUUUAAGGCAUGUUUAGUUCUGUUUGGUUCAGUAAGACCUAGGCAGUGGAAGUGUAAAUAAAGGCCCAAACAUUUUUAGAUACUCACAUUUUACUUAAAUAUCUCUUUUUAUCUUCUUAUUUUAUGCUACUUUUAUUCUUUUACUCCACAACAUCUCAGAGACAAAUAAUGGACUUCUUGCUCAACUACAUAUGUAUAAUUUUUGUUUAUUUUUCAGAUAAGAACAUCACAGUGGGUAUAUGUUUUGUUUUGUUUUAUUCUACAUACACACUUUGAAAAUCUAACACAUUAAUGGUUAAGCUAGUGGUGUCCAAACUUUUUGUCCAGUAGUGUGAACCCAGACUCACAUGGCAGAUGUUCACAGCUCCAACGAAUAGGGUGUUUUUCCCUCUAAACUUAUUAUGAUUUCAUUGUGAAAUUUAAUCAUGUUUUGGAGGCAAAAAAGUCAAUAUUUUCAGAUCUAUCAGGUGUUCUAAUACUUUUCACCACUACUAUAAUUAUAGAGUUGAUAAUAUUAACCCAUAAAGACCCAAACCUCCACUGGUGACCAAAAUCAUUCACUGUUUAAUACCUGUUGAUCCACUGAUCCUAUCAAUACAUGUAAAUAAUUGGUGUAAAAUGUAGUUU